GUAAUUAAGUCCGAAUUCAUUCACAACAUCAUAAUGUGUAUUUCUUCUUGUUGAAUGUGACAGUGGAAAUGGCUUGUGAUUCCUUGCCCCAAUUAGCUCAAAAGAAUAUGUGUCAACCACAGGUUUAGAAGAUCAUUUCCAAAUCACAAUACAUACACACACACAGACACUCUUGUGAAGAACCACAAUGCAAAGGGAUCAUGGUCCUGUUUCUCCAUCUUCGCCUACAGCCAGAAUUCGGCAUCGCAGGCAUGUAAGUGAGUCGACCCUGCCCGUUAUAAGCCGCAGAUUGAGUGGAAGCCAGUUUCUUAUUGAUGAUGAGGACAAGUACAGAUCAAUGAAAAUACGUACAUUUUCAUCUUUUUGGAUGCUUUUAGGUAUCCUUCUGAUUAUUUAUUUGGGCCAUCUAUACAUUUGUGCAAUGGUGGUUGUCAUCCAAAUCAUCAUGACAAGAGAGCUAUUCUGUCUACUUAGAAGAGCCAAUGAAAGGAAACAUCUUCCAGGGUUUAGGCUGCUAAACUGGCAUUUCUUCUUCACAGCAAUGCUGUUUGUAUAUGGCCCCAUUCUCAAUCAACAGUUAGUCAAAACUGCAAAGUCAGACAAGGUCUUCUUUAAGCUGGUGAUCAGGCUUAUGAAGUAUCAUAUGGUCAUCUGUUAUUUUCUAUACAUUGCAGGACUUGUGUGGUUCAUUUUGACACUGAAGAAGAAGAUGUACAAUUAUCAGUUUGGCCAGUAUGCUUGGACACACAUGAUCCUUUUUGUAGUAUUCAUGCAGUCCUCGUUUACAGUAGCUAAUAUCUUUGAAGGCAUAUUCUGGUUUCUCUUGCCAGCAUCACUUAUAGCCAUCAACGAUGUAGCUGCUUAUUUAUUUGGAUUCUUCUUUGGAAGAACACCACUCAUACAACUUUCUCCGAAAAAGACAUGGGAAGGCUUUAUAGGUGCAUCUGUCGCUACAAUGACGUCUGCAUUCCUACUCGCCAAUGUGCUGGGACGUUUUCAGUGGUUCACUUGUCCGAGAGAGGACUUAUCAACUGGUUGGCUGGAGUGUGAUCCAGGUCCAUUGUUCAAACCAGAUUACUACUCGCUUUCUGCAUGGGUUCCUGAAUGGUUCCCUUGGAAAGAGAUAUCAGUUUUGCCGAAAGAGAUAUCAGUUUUGCCGGUACAAUGGCAUGCUCUAUGCCUUGGCUUAUUUGCAUCAAUUAUAGCGCCAUUCGGAGGGUUUUUCGCCAGUGGAUUCAAGAGGGCUUUCAAAAUCAAGGAUUUUGGGGCUAGUAUUCCUGGACAUGGUGGUUUUACCGAUAGAAUGGACUGCCAGAUGGUGAUGGCCAUAUUUGCUUACAUCUAUUAUCAGUCCUUCGUUGUUUCUCAAGAAAACCCUGCUGAAAUGAUCUUUGAUCAGAUAAUGCGCCAUCUUAGCUUCGAGGAGCAAACAGCACUUUAUUUGAGGCUUGGCCAGAUAUUAAGAGAGAGGCGGUUUUCUGUUUCCUGA